AAUCAAAUGAAACCAAAAAAACAGGACGCGAUAAUGCAAACCGACCCCGUGCUCUGCGAGGAAGACGACAAUCCGCAGACCUACAGCGAGUCAGAGAAGUCUGUGAACCCGGAAAUGGACUACGGUCAGUUCAAAAAAUCGUACGACCCCGAGCUGAAUAAAUACGACAUGCCGAAGGACUUCUCCAAGCUGGCCGACGACUACAUCCCGCAGACGAACGAGGAAUACAACAAGGAGGCCGAGAAAUAUGCCCUCGAAAGGAAAUCCCAUAACAGCUACGACAAAAUCGAUUACCAGAAAUCGGUGCUCGAGAACGGUUACCCUAAGAUACAGGACGUAUACAACGGCUACUUGGAGAAGGAGUACCAGAACCGACCGGACUUCGUGUACCAGAGCCCGUACCAGGAUAGCGUCGAGAUACUCCGGAACCAACAGCACAAUCUGCAGGUAUUGCAGGAACAGCACAGGAUCAACGAGAAUCAGAACUUCUUUAACGAGAAUCAUAUAAAGCAGGAAAUAGAUUUCGGCAACGAAGAGGACAAGUUCAUAUAUGAACAGAAUAAAGAGCAAAUCGACCAAAACGCGAUGUACGACAGUCAAAGGCGAGUCAUCGAACAACAGAGGAUCUUGGAACAGAUACAGCAUCAAGUGAAGCAGGAACCUGAUACUCCCAACAGCUGCGACAACGUGCUGCAGCCGCAGAGCAGCCCGUACUACUCGCCGGCGGGCGCGGCGGGAGCGGGCGGCGCGGGGGGCGCGGGCGGGGCGGAGGGCAGCGCGCGGCCCGGCCCCGAGCUGCUCAUCGCCAAGCAGAACGCACUCGCCGCGCACACGCAGCUCUGGCAAAAUACGAUGAAACGGCCGUUCUUUUACAGCGAGAGUCCGCAUUACAACUCGUCCCAACUCCUGCAUCGAUAUGAGGUGAGGAACGAUGAUUUAAGCAGAAUCCUACAAUGAUGAGAGACAUUCCAAAGUUGAUGAUGAAAGUAAUAAUAUAAUUGAAUAAAAUUAUUAUAUUGUAAGCGACGAUAAUCUCUCGGUGUUUCUUUUUUUUUUUUUUUAAAAGAGUUUGUUUAAUUUUUUAUAUACAUAUAUAUUAUGUGUAAAUUGUAAAUAAAUUUUAUUUUAUAUCAUAUAUUGUAUUAUAUGACAUUUAAAGCAAAACAAAUUUUACGGUUAUAUGUUAAUUUUGGCGGCAAUUUUGACAUUGACAAUUUUUUUUUUUUUUUUAAUUAUUUAAUAGCACAGUUGAAAGAUUAUUUUUGUAAUUUAUGUAUUAUUUGCCAUUACACGUAAUAUGUAUUGUAAGCCGAGAUGGCCCAGUGGUAAGAACGCGUGAAUCUUAACCGAUGAUCGUGGGUUCAAACCCGGGCAAGCACCACUGAAUUUUCAUGUGCUUAAUUUGUGAUUAUAAUUCAUCUCGUGCUUUACGGUGAAGGAAAACAUCGUGAGGAAACCUGCAUGUG